AUGACUACUGUGUUCAUGAAGGAUGCGAAUGCUUUAGGAAUCAUUCAAAAUGCAGUAUCUGAUCAGAUUUUCCCUCGAAUUGCUAAUGCUGAUUCAUCUAAGAUAGCAUGGGAUCUCUUGUUCGGCGAAUACCAUGGUGGUGAUCAGGUUAGAUCUGUAAAACUUCAGAAUCUUAGACGGGAAUUUGAGUAUGCUAGAAUGCGAGAUGAUGAGUCCCUAUCUAGUUAUCUUACAAGAUUGAAUGAACUAAUUAAUCAGAUGAGAACAUUUGGUGAAUCUCUUUCUAAUAAGAGACUUGUGCAGAAGGUUCUAAUUCGUCUGAGUAAACCGUAUGAUUCUAUUUGCUUGGUUAUAGAAAACACAAAGUGUCUAGAGACUGUAGAAUUGCAGAAAGUAGUUGCAAUCUUGAAGAGUCAAGAACAACAGUUCGAUUUACAUAAUGUUGAUACCAUUGAGAAGGCAUUUGCAUCAUUCUCAGUGAGUCCAAAAGGGCAAAAUAAGAGUGAGACUAAAUCUGGUCCAUCGAAAUUUAAGAAGAAUUGGAGUUCUAAGGAGAAGAAAUGGGAUUCAAAGCCUCGAUAUAAGGGGAAGCCCAAAUGCUAUAAUUGUGAUAAGUUUGGUCACUGGGCUAGAGAAUGCACUGCAGGAAAUAUGGUGCAAAAGGCAAAUUCUGUAAAUCAAGUGGAAGUGACAAGAAAUUUGUUCUAUGCUAAUUGUGCAAUUUCAGAGACAAAUGUCAAUGGGAAUGCUAAUCUUCUUGUUGAUAUAAGGACAAAUGUUGCUGGAAAGGUACAAAUGCCCACUAGUGCAUUAGUAAAUGUUGCUGGAAUGGGUUCUUUGGAAAUUAACAUUAACAAAGGGAAGAAGUACAUUAGGGAAGUCAUGCACUUGCCAUGA